GGAGCCCUUCUAGUGCGAAAAUAGGAAUAGUUUCUUAUCUUAUUAUCGUGCACUGGACUUUUUCAGCCUUCUUCUCGAACAUCAGGCUUAAGGUGAGCGCACAGAAGGAUGCUGGCACGGUGAAAGAGGAGAUUGGAAAAUCUAGGGAAGCGUCCAAAACGGACGAUGAAGUGAUUCAGAGGGAGGAGGAAGCGAUAAAAUUGGAUGGCUUGUCGGUGGCGGAGGUGAAGGAGUUGAGGGCAAAGGCGGAGAAGCAUCAGUUCCAGGCUGAGGUCAAUCGUAUGAUGAAGCUGAUCAUCAACUCCCUGUACAAAAAUAAAGAAAUUUUCCUCCGUGAACUGAUUUCGAACGCUUCCGAUGCGCUGGACAAAACUCGUUUAUUGUCGUUAACGGAUCCUUCAGUUUUGUCGGCAACCGAUGAACUGUCGAUUCGCAUAAAGGCGGAUGUUGAAAAUCAUGUGUUGCAUGUGAUAGAUACUGGAACAGGAAUGACAAGAAUGGAUCUUAUUAACAACCUUGGUACCAUUGCGCGCUCAGGCACUUCGGAAUUCUUGGCGAAGUUGCUGGAUUCGUCGACUUCUGUGGAGCAGCAGCAGGACAUGAUCGGACAGUUCGGAGUGGGCUUCUACUCGUCCUACCUUGUCGCCGACCAUGUUGUCGUCACUUCAAAACACAAUGAUGACGAUCAGUACAUCUGGGAAUCGGACAGCACUUCGCGUUUCGGCCAGUCAGUGCCUCGUCUUUCUUUCACGAUGUCCAGUUGCAGAUUCACAGUUGUAAAAGAUCCUCGAGGCGCAACCUUGAAGAGGGGCACACAAGUCACGUUGCAUCUGAAGGAAGAAGCGUAUGACUUCUUAGAAGCUGAUACCCUGAAAAGUUUGGUCGAGAAGUACAGUCAGUUCAUCAAUUUCAACAUCUUCUUGUGGCAGUCAAAGACCGAGACGGUGGAGGAGCCGGUGGAGGAAGUGUCGAAAGCGGAAUCACAUGAAGAAAAGGCGGAGGAUGUUGACGGGAAGGUGGAAGAUGAGAAGAGUGAACCGAAAAUGAAGAAAAUUGAAAAGACUACUUGGGACUGGGAAAAAGUGAAUAAUGUGAAGCCAAUCUGGAUGCGAAAGAAUGAUGACGUUGAAGUCGAGGAAUACAAUGAGUUCUACAAGAGCAUCACUAAGGCUGCUAUUUUCUUAUCAUUGAUAGCAGCCAUCAGUGAGCAGGACCGUGAAAAACCGCUGGCGUACGUACACUUUACCGCAGAAGGUGAAGUCACAUUCAAAUCAAUUCUUUAUGUUCCGAGACAUAGCCCGUACGAUAUGUUCCAGAACUACGGCAAGGGCACUGACAAUAUCAAACUGUAUGUUCGUCGUGUAUUUAUAACAGAUGAUUUCCACGAUAUGAUGCCCAAGUACUUAUCGUUCAUCCGUGGAAUCGUGGAUUCCGAUGAUCUGCCGUUGAAUGUUUCACGUGAAACACUCCAACAACAUAAGCUUCUGAAGAAGAUGGAACCCGGUGAUUUUGAGGACUUUUGGAAAGAAUAUAGCACAAACAUUAAGCUGGGAAUUAUGGAAGACCCAUCGAAUAGGACACGUCUUGCAAAGCUGCUGCGCUUUUAUUCUUCGCAUAGCAAGGGUAAAAUGACGUCACUUGCGGAAUAUGUCAAACGAAUGAAGGAUAAGCAGGACGUAAUCUUUUACGUUGCCGGAAUGUCACGGGAAGAGGUGGAAUCAUCGCCUUUUGUUGAGCGAUUGCUUAAGAAGGGAUACGAAGUGCUGUACUUGGUAGAAGCCGUUGAUGAAUAUGCGAUUCAAGCAAUGCCUGAGUUCGAUGGAAAGAAAUUCCAAAAUGUUGCUAAAGAGGGCUUGAAACUUGACGACGGUGAAAAGGAUAAAGAAAUCCAGGAGCAGUUAGAGAAAGACUUUGAGCCGCUGACAAACUGGUUAAAGAAUACUGCUUUAAAGGAUCAGAUUGAGAAGGCUGUUGUCUCGCAGCGCUUGGUAAACUCACCAUGUGCAUUGGUGGCAUCCUCCUACGGCUGGUCUGGCAACAUGGAACGAAUAAUGAAAUCUCAGGCACAUGCGAAAUCGUACGAUCCGACUCAGGAUUUCUAUGCGAACCAAAAAAAGACGCUAGAAGUCAAUGCACGCCAUCCUGUUGUCAAGGAGCUACUCCGCCGUGUUCAAGCUGAUAAAAAUGAUAAGCAAGCAACUGAUGCAGCCAAGCUGCUCUUCGAGACAGCUACUUUGCGGUCAGGAUUCACUCUGAAAGAUCAGGUUGGAUUCGCCGAAAGAAUUGAACAGGUUCUUCGACAAGCAAUGGAAAUGUCAUUAGAUGAGCCAGUGGAGGAAGAGCCUGAGGUUGAAGCAGAAGAGAGCAAAGAGGAAGGCAGCGAGGACAUCGAUGAGACGGAGAGGACAAAAGUGGAAGAGGAGCAUUCGGAACUGUAG